AUGUUCUGGACGAUCGACGAAGGAGAGACCGUGCUACUCGGCAGUCCCACCCUGACUCCGAGGUAUCAGCGGUUCCCUGAGAUCCAGGAGUGUCCCCACCCUUCCUCCUCUUAAUUAUCAACCGCCCUAGUUCUCCGAGCUUACAUAUCGCAACAUGGCCUCCACGGAGAAAUCGAAUUUUCGUAUAAGAACGAAUCACUAAUCAGCAUCAGAACCAAUCUUAAACCAACACUACAGUACCCUGACGGAGUAUGGAGAUGGACUAUACACGAGUUUCCUGUCGAUUAUCGAGAAUUAACAGACUCCAGAUGCUCAGAUUCGAAUAUCGGCAGAGAAAUAAUAGAUUUAACUGAAGAACUGGGUUAUCUUAUUAUCCCUGGUAAAGACCACGCGGAAUUCGAAAGUAAAAACUCUUUGACUGGCCUCAAUGGUCUAUGGGGAAAAAGUAUUGUUCUAGAAACUGCCGAAAGAGAUAGAACUAUAUGUGCCUCCAUUCUUUCUACUGAUAAGUUGUAUGAGAAACAUGCUGUAGCAAGGUUCAAUUCACCAGUAGCUGGCUCAUUACAUUUUAGGUGGCUUUCGGCGAGAGAAUUCGAUGAGUCUGAUUCUUAUAUCCAAGCGGAUUUGUAUCAUACCAAAGCUGUUACAGAUAAAGUUGAAUACACAGAACAUAAGUGGAAACUGUUUGUGACCGAUAUUUUUGAUGCAGACAAAGGAAAUUAUGAAGAUAAUUGCAAUGUUCUUCAGUUAGUUUUCGACCCAGAGAACAGUGGUGAUGGAAUGAGUGUAGGCGAUUUAGACAGUCGCUUGGGUUUGGUAAAAGUGGCAACAGAUGCUAACGUCAAGAAGAUGAGGACCCUGUACAAGGAUGAAGUCCUGAAUAUUUUGAGAAGCGACAUGGAGGUAACGAAGAGGAGUCUCUAUGUUGUUAUAUUUGAUAAUAGGCAUGUGGAUAGUUUCCUGGCCUGUGCCAAACUGAGGACAAUGGAACCGAAGAGUACCAAGGUCCUGUUAAAUAUGGACGGCAUCCGAGGUUCGGUAGAUUUUACUCAGCGAUCGCCAUACGACCCCACGUGGGCCAACUUUGGCCUUGGGUCCUCCGAUCAGGAUUACGAGGCCAAUCUCCGUUUCGCGAGCUCGACACUGCAGUAUUCCAUUAGGCAGCUGCCACCAACGUUGAUGGACGCCAGUAUGGGCACCCAAGAUCAAUAUCCCGUUGGAGAUUUGUUGGGCAAAUACAAGGACCGUACUGAGUACUUGAAUCACAAGUAUCUGUUGCCAGGACUGGCUAACGAGCUAAGCGGUGCUUAUUGGGAUGUGUUUCUACCUCUAUACGGAGUUAACAGUGUCGUACACAGGUCAUUGGUAGUUGUUAGAAGAGCACCAAAGCGUGAGAUCUGCGGCACCAUCUUACCAUAUGAAUACGGUACCGAGUUCCAGACGCAAAUGAGCUCCGUCCAAGUCGUGUUCAGAUAUCCGAUUGUGGGAAGAGUAAUCUUCAGGCAGCCGCUUGGCAGACCUUGGGAAGAUACUACUAUCAUAAUUGAAAGUAUGGUUCAUGCAGAUGGUGCAAAUGUAAACAACACAUUCGAACAUCGUUGGGCAAUCCACGAGCGACCACCAGGAGCUGACUAUUAUAAUUGGACUGGACGAUGUUUGAGUGCAGGAGUUGUUUAUGAACCCUACGGGAUUGAUAUAGACAACAGGCACCCGGAGCAAUAUUGCAGAUCAGGAUUGGAGGGGUUAUGUAGAAUUGGGGAUUUCACUACAAGACAUGGUAACUUAGCUAUAGCAGGCAAGAAGCGUGAUAGCGCACGUCUCACACGUCGUCUGUUCACCGACUCAGUUAUAGCGCUCGCAGGGAAGUACUCCAUCAUGAGGAAAUCACUUGUCAUAUACGAUGACCACGGACCAGUCGCAAGAGGAGAAAGGAUGGCGUGUUCCAUAGUGAAUGGUCUUCAUCGACGCAAAGCGGUGGUUCGCGAUUGGUUCGGCAAUGGAGAACCUGUGCCUUUGAAGGGUAAAUUAGAACUAACGCAACAGUCGGAGUAUGAUGUUACUAACGUUCAAGUUACACUGGAAGGCUUUGAGGGCAUCACCAACUAUAAAAUACAUGUUGCACCAGUUGAGAAAGAGCUCGAGUUUCCCUGUGAGAAGACGACGCUAUACGAUACAUAUAACCCUUUCGGAGUAGAUAAAGCCACUAGUCCACCUCCAACUACAGGUACAGCAGAUCAAUAUGAAUUGGGUGACUUAGGCAAUAAGUAUGGUUUGCUGGAUGACUUACGAUCCAUCCAUGCGGACUACAAUGAGACUCAGACUAGGGACCGCCAUUGGGCGUGCUCUACUAUAGAGCGUGGGUACAGUCCGUCAGAAGCACGAGAGAUUCGAGGUAUUGCGUCAUUCCAUCAUCCUGGCGGUUUUGCUUGGGGCUAUAUUCGGAUGACUCAGCUGAUACACAACGACGGAAGUGCCAGUGACACCAUUAUUGAAGUGAAACUGCGCCAUCCUGGCGAGAGGGAUAGGAAUCUGACUCAUAAUCAUAAUUGGAACAUCUUCGUCAACCCGGUGGGCGUCGAUGCUGCGGUUCAGGUCACCAACACUCGCUGCGUGGCUGGCGGUUACCGCUGGAACCCAUACUUUACUCAGCUGGCUGAUCCACUAAACCACGACUUAUACAACCAAGAAUGCGGCGCAGACAAUCCAUUGCGUUGUGAUGUUGGAGAUAUAACAGCUAGACUUGGAACUAUUAGUGUAGGUGGAGAUCGACAAAUGUUUAUGGACUCGAACUUCCCUCUCGAAGGUACGGUGUCCGCCAUGGGUCGAUCUAUAGUGAUAUUUGGACCGGAGAGAAGUGGCGAGAGAUUUGCCUGUGCUAACAUCGAACCCGACAACGACAUCAUUAAGGCUAAAUUUAUUUUCAGCGGUCAAUUCUUGGAGGAAGUGCGCAAAGUGAUGGGCAUACCGGAGUGGAUGUUAGGCGUGGACUCACGACGCACGCGCACUCUACACGGCGGCUCCUGCAUACAGCUACUGCUGCACUUUACUGGUCCACGCGCCCACCAGCUGGAACUUGACUUUUCCAGGUUGUUAGCAUCGGGUCGCCUAGACACGCCCAGUAUCUUCAUUCCGGGAUACGUGAACACCAAACGCAAGAGGACGAUCUCACAUCGACAGUGCGGUGUCACCAAUCCUAAUGAGAAGAAAAGUAUGUCAUUUGUUUUACUGGCUCACUUUCUGCAUCUGCAUUUACAUUAUACAUAAUAAACCUCCUCUUCACGAGUGGUCAAUAAAAACCAUUUUGUUGUACUUACCAUUUAGUUUCGUAU